UCACUUCAACCAAACUGAUCUGUUUCUGCUUGGCUUUACCAGAGGCUUUAGUAAUUUGUACUUUUUUUUUUUUUUGUCAUGGAGUAAUUUAUAUUUAUUUCUGGAAAAUGCCCAUCAAAAAUUUCUCAAUUGAAUAUGACUCAAUCAACAGCAAAAACAUCUUCACAAACGGAGAUACAAUCACGGGAAGAAUCAUCGUGGAGGCCUCGAAAGAAACUUUAAUCCAAUCACUAACCUUCAUUGGAAAAGGAAGAGCAAAGGUUUCCUGGUAUGAAUAUUACAGCCAAUAUGAUCAUCGUUUCUACUGGUCCGAUGAGGAAUAUUAUGAGAUCAAGCAAUGUAUUUUGAGACAUGGUAAAGAAUCAGUCGGCAAAGGAAGAAAUGUGUUCCCCUUUUCCUUCAUGGUCCCUAACAGGAACCUCAGCAUGAUUGCACCAAUAAAAAACUCACAGUCUUUGGUUCUGGAAGUAUUGCGAUGGAUGUUCACACAAAAAGGAUGGGAUACCAACAAGGUGAAGCUCUCCAAAUCAAAGUGGCAAUUAAUAAUCAGUCAUCCCGUACCUUGAAGCCCAAAUUUGUAUUGUACGAAAAGCGGAGUUACUUUGCUCAAGGUAACAGGAACCUUUGCAUGCAGAAAAUCCUCAAGGAGAAACUUGUUAUUAUUGAG